AGGUCUGACAUCAUCAUGUCAAAACUACUUCCUGCACACCGUACGGAGUGUGUGGACACAAAUGUGUGGCUUCAAUUCACACAACUGGCUGCAGACUACAAAGCAGUGAAUCUUGGACAGGGAUUUCCUGACUUCUCCCCUCCAGAAUUUGCCCAAGAGGCUUUUUGUAAAGCUGUGAGUGGAGGACACCAAAUGCACCAGUAUACCCGACCUUUUGGCCAUCCUCCUCUUGUAAAAAUUCUGGCUAAAUUCUUCGGCAGGAUAGUGGGACAUGAGAUUGAUCCUUUUGAAGACGUGCUGGUCACAGUUGGAGCUUAUCAGGUUCUCUUCUGUACAUUUCAAGCUCUGAUUGAUGAAGGGGAUGAGGUCAUAAUUGUUGAGCCGUUCUUUGACUGCUACCAGCCGAUGGUGAAGAUGGCCGGAGGAAAGGCCAUUUAUAUACCUCUGAGGCCGAAAGUUGAAGGAAGCACCGUCCUGUCAAGUGGAGACUGGGUUCUUUCUCCUGAGGAGCUGGCCAGUAAAUUCACUCCACGCACAAAAGCCAUCAUUAUCAACACUCCCAACAACCCACUGGGCAAGGUUUUCAAGAGAGAAGAGCUCCAAAUGAUCGCUGAUCUGUGUAUCAAACAUGAUGUGCUGUGCAUCAGUGAUGAGGUGUACGAGUGGCUGACUUAUGAUGGAAACAAGCAUGUGAAGAUGGCCAGCCUUCCUGGCAUGUGGGAACGAACCAUCACCAUUGGAAGUGCAGGAAAGACCUUCAGUGCUACUGGCUGGAAGGUUGGCUGGGCUAUUAGCUCUGGGCAAAUCGUCAAACGUCUCAAAGCGGUACAUCAGAUGUCUAUUUUUGUUUGUGCAACCGCUGCUCAGGAGGCAGUAGCUCGUGGAUUUGAGAGAGAAUACGAGCUGUUUGGGACUCCAGAGAGCUACUUCCAGCAGCUGCCUGCGAUGUUGCACCAGAAGAGAGACAAGCUGGCCUCAUGUCUGCAGAGUGUGGGUUUGCAGCCCAUCAUGCCAGAGGGAGGCUAUUUUAUGAUCACAGACAUCUCCUCUGUGGACUUCAAUGACUCCAUGAGCACUGAGGAUGAACCCCAUGACUUCAGAUUUGUCAAAUGGCUAACUAAAGAGAAGGGUUUAGCAACAAUCCCUGUCUCUGUAUUCUACAACCCAGAGCACAAAAAGGACUUUGACAAAUAUAUCCGAUUUUGUUUCAUCAAGGAGGACUCCACUCUGGAUGCAGCCCAGGACAUCUUGAGAAAAUUAAGUCAAAGACAUUAA